GGAGGACUGGAGCUCCUCUCUGAUAUUUGGCUGUACCUCUGGUCCCUUAGAAAGACAUGUUGUCUGCUGGCACACACUGGCUGGCCGCCAUGUGGUGGCUCCCGACAGGCCAGCGAAAUCCAGAUAAAUUAGAUUAUUGGAUUGGCUACAACAGAUUAUAGCUCUCCUUCGAUGCUUCAUAAGAAAGCGGCACCAGUUUGAUCAUAGGAGGUUUUAUGAGAUAGAGCCUUGAUAAAGACUGGCAGCCAUGCUGACCAGCUUUAUUGAAGGCCUCCUCUGCUGUCUCACCUCCAAACCGGCCAACACCGUGGUUCCCGUGGAAACCUCUGAGCCUGCAGAUGGGUACGAGUUUGUGGAGGUGAAACCAGGCCGUGUCCUGCGGGUUCGACACAUCAUCUCUGACAGACCGGCGGUGGAGGAGCCCUCGCUGGGUGGGAUUGUGAGCUGCAAAAGAAAGAUCACAGUCUACCGCAACGGACAGCUGUUCAUUGAGAACUUGGGCGAGAGGGCGAGCGCGGAGCUGAAAACCUGCCAGAACGGAGAGACUGAACCCAACAGCACGGUGGAGGUUGAACUGACAGACUGUCGCAACUCUUCACCUCCUGUCAGCAUCCCCGAGGCCCGGUCAGACUCUGUCGCAGCUGGAAACAACGGGGCAUCGGAAACUGGGUCAGCAGGAGAGGCACCUGCUGCCGGGCAGGCCGAGCAGUCCCAGCAACCCCGCAAACGAAGGAGGAAGCCGAAGCGCAUCGUGGUGAUUGACUGUGAAAGGAGGAUAGCAGCCUGUAAAGGAACACAUUCAGAUGUUGCUCUGUUCUUUAUCCACGGGGUUGGGGGGUCGCUGGAUAUCUGGGGGAGUCAGCUGGACUUCUUUUCCCGACUCGGGUACGAGGUGAUCGCCCCGGAUCUGGCAGGCCAUGGAGCGAGCUCAUCUCCACACAUAGCUGCAGCGUACACCUUCUAUGCCCUGGCGGAGGAUAUGAGACUAAUCUUUAAGAGAUAUGCAAAGAAGAGGAACAUCCUCAUUGGACAUUCAUACGGCGUGUCUUUCUGUACGUUCCUGGCUCAUGAGUUUCCAGACCAGAUUCACAAAAUGGUGAUGAUCAAUGGUGGUGGUCCCACAGCGCUGGAGCCCAGCCUGUGCAGCAUCUUCAACCUGCCCACCUGUGUGCUUCACUGCCUGUCCCCACUGUUAGCCUGGAGUUUCCUAAAGGCGGGCUUCGCUCGGCAGGGAUCCAGGGAGAAGCAGUUGCUGAAAGAGUACAAUGCCUUCAAUGUGUCGUCAUUUGUAUUGCGUGCCAUGAUGAGCGGUCAGUACUGGCCUGAGGGGGACGAGGUUUAUCACGCUGAGCUCACGGUGCCCGUCCUGCUGGUUCACGGCAUGCAUGACAAGUUUGUCCCAGUAGAAGAGGACCAGCGCAUGGCUGAGAUUCUUCUAAUGGCGUUCCUGAAGGUCUUGGAGGACGGCAGUCACAUGGUGAUGCUGGAGUGUCCUGAAGCUGUCAACACACUUCUGCAUGAGUUCUUCCUCUGGGAACCAGUCACACUUCCACCACCAAAGAAAGAGCCCAAAGCCCGUCCAGAGACCGCCAAACCUCAAACUGACAACAUUUCUGAGCCCGCCACAGUCCGGCCUGCGACCGCCAGGCAAACCUAAUCAAACUGAACAGAAACAGACUAAAGAACGCAACUGAUUGAGGCUAAAACUGAAGCAGGGGUAAAUGUAAAACGUGGCUCAUCCACUUCCUGCAGAACAGAGCAGGUUUGAAUGGGACAGACAGACAAAGCGGACGAUUUAUCUGAGCUCCUCGGGAUUACAGUUAGAUUUGUGGAGGUGGGACACUGCUGUUCUGGUUUGGUUUCAGUUGAAGUUUGAAAAGAGCAAAUCAAGUCAAAGACUGUUCGAAUGUCAGCUCAAAGGAGUUUAUCCCAAACAUUCAACAGAGGAUCAUGUGGUUGUGCCUUUGAAAAACUAGAAAACUGGUGAAAAUCAACCAAGAUAAACAAUGAUAUGAAACUGGCAGGAGAGUAAAUCAGAUUCCGUCCGUCCAUUCGUUAUUUUGUCUGAGAUCAGGUCACAGAGCUAACCCCCUCACCAACAACACUUUCCAUCUCAUUGGGGUCCCAAAGUGUUUCCAUGCAAACCUGUAGUCUCCUCCCAGUUAGACGAGUCAAAAAAAUCUCCAAAGGGAGGUUGGUCAGAUGCCCAAAUAACCUCAGUUGACUCCUCCCAACGCGGAGGAGAAUCACCUUGGCUGUGAUUCCCCAAGGAUGAUGGAUCGACCCAUCUAAUCUCUAAGCUGAGUACAGGCACCCUGCAGAGGAAGAUGAUCUCAAUCAUUGAAGAAUGUCUGAAUCCAUUUCUCAUGGCCAUACAAGAGACAGACUGGACAAAUGAGAGCCUUGCUUUUUGGAUCACCACAAGAAGAGCAGAACACAGUCUGCAAUACUUCAGAUGAGGCCCCAGUUCAUCUAUUAAUUUCCUUCUCCAUCCUGCAAUCAUUCGUGAACAAGACACCAAGAUACUUGAACACUCUGCUGGAGGCAGACCAAAUCCUGAACAGGAUUUUGCCAGAUGAAAGUCAAGGUUUGCACUUUUAGAAUCAAACUAUGAUGCAAACUGCUGGAAUCUGAUUUUUUUUAGUUUUUCUAUUGCUCAGACUUGAUGAAAAUCUUUCUUUGUGUGUGUCUUUUUUUUUUGUUAAAUUGUAAAAUAAUACAUUUGUAAACCAUACUGAAGAACAUGACCAUCAGAAACAAUUGUUUGUAUAAUAAAAUUAGUCCUUGACUGUUUGAGCUCUGGCUGGAUUAUACAAUGGAGUAUUAAGGUCAUUGCAGAUAAAAGGAAAAAGAAAAUAUAUAAAAACUGCAGACAUUUUGAGAUUAAUUUCACAUAUUUAAAAGAAAAAAAAAACUUAAAUAUGUUUUAAAACAACAUUUCUCUGAUGUUGGAAAGUUGAAAGUUUGCAAGAUUUUCUUUUUGUUUUUUAUUUUGUUUUAAUUUGACCUCUUCCAUGGUCUUAAGAUAUGGGGUAAUUUGGUCCCCGAACUUUCGUGGUCGCAAAAACCCCGCGUGGUGCGUUUUUAAGAGAUUUUUUAUGUGCAUGGUUUCAAGAACUGACGGUCCGCUGGAAUAAUCCGUCCUUCUUCCCCGCUGUCUGACCGUGACAUCUGCUGUGCUCCUCCUGAGCGUCGCUCUAACACCGUGGGAGGGAAAUAAAUAUACGAUAUUAAAACUAGAAUAUCCUGAAAUUGUAAAGCCAGAAUUUAUAAGAAAAAAUGAAUUUAUCAGAAAAAUAUCAAAAGUUUUUCAUUAUUAAGUCAGAGAUUUGUGGCAAAAUUGACAGAAGUCCUCUAAGAUUGAGGUGGUAAAUUUAAGAAAAAAAAAUUCAAAACAUAAGCAGCAGAUCUGGGCUCUUUUACUACAUCAGAAUGACAUCUUACGAGUCUGACUUUGACUUCGUCUGACUUUCUAAUCUCAGUAAACUUCUGAGGUUUUUUCUUAAAGGUUUCUAACUUUAUAAUGUCAGAAAAUAUCUAAGGUUUAAGAUUAUAAAUGUAUACUUUUAGUCAAGGAAAAUUAUUUUCUUCUUGCAAAUUUUCAACUUUAUUCCAGAGAAUAUUGAAAUAUUUUUAAUAUAAAUAUUAAAGUUAAAAUUCAAACUUUUUUGGUGGAAAUUUACAAAAGAUUUUAGUUUAUUUUAUCUACAUUAGCCGUAAUACUCCUUCAUAGAUUUUGAGCC